AUGUCACAAACAUCAAAUUCGUCAAAGCUAUUUGACGGGGUUGUCUACAAAAUCGACCAAACAAUGAGUUCUCGUACGCGGAAUAAUCUCGAAGUAGCGUUAUCUUCCCAUGGUGCCAUUCCCGCAAAAGACACCACUCCAACACAUGCAAUUACAGAAUCCCCGCAUUAUGAUCUAGGCCCAGAAAUUGCGCAUGUAUCACCAAAAUGGGUGAUGGCUUCUAUCAAAGGAAAACAUGUCCAAAACGCAUCUUAUUUCUCACUCGAUCCACUAAAGUUUUUUUCGGGUGUGAUUAUAUCUACUUCUGGAAUACCUCCUUAUGACAGAGAUACGAUGUUUGGUGGAACCCAACUCUUUGGUGGCCAAUAUAGACUUGACUUGACUGAGGAUGUAACCCAUUUAAUGGUAGCCGAACCCGAAGGAGAAAAAUACACUGAAGCUAUUGCAGAUCCUGAAGUAUCUGUUGUAAUGCCAGACUGGUUUAAUGCAUGUAUCAAGCACCGCCGUCAUUAUCGUGAAGAUAUGUUUAAAUAUCCAGACCCUCCAAUCUUGCGCAAUUCCAAGGAAAAUGAAAAGACUGCCGAGGAAAAAGAGGAUGACGAAGAACUAACUCUCCUCUAUCCUUAUGAUAAAACAUUGCCAUAUAAUUACAAGCCCAAAGAACUCUUUUUGAAAGAAUACACAUUCUUCCUCUCUAGUGACCUCAUGCUUCCUCGUUCUAUUAAAAGGGACUUGAUAAAAUACCUCGAAAGAGCCGGAGCUAGAGUGCUGUCAUACUACGACAGUCUUACGGUUGAUGUGGUAAUUAUGAAAUGGAGAGGAUCAAAACGGUAUAUUCAGGCAUGUCAAGAUAAAAAAAUUAUCGGCAGCUUCUGGUGGGCUACAAACACACUGUGUCGUGAAAGGUUUGUGUCUCCCCUCAAGUCUUUGUUGGAUUAUCCUGUUCCAAAGGGAGGCAUUCCUGCGUUGAAAGAUACGUCCUUUGCGGUUAGUGGAUAUAGGCAAGAAGCACGCAAAUAUGUUGUGUCCUUGAUCACUGCCAUAGGAGGAAAAUACACCAAGCAGAUAGUUCAAAACUCCACGACUCACUUGAUUUCAUCACGAAAAAAUGGCCCAAAGUAUGAGUUUGCCAAGGAAAACAAAAUACCUGCUAUCAAUCAUCUCUGGCUUGAAGAGACUUUUCAGCAAUGGGAAUGUAAACCAUUAGAUGAUGAGCGCUAUACAACUUUUCCUGAUGAAGACAUAUUAAAUGCGAAGGUUGGCAAGACUCCUGUGUGUCCCAAAGAGGUCGAGAGGUGGAUGGAAGAACCCCUACCAGAGGUUACUCCAUUACCCAACCAGCCUCAACCGAAUGUAUCUACAACUAUAUCCAAUGAGGAAGAUAUGUCCCGCGAGAUUUCUUUUGUGACCACCGAAGACCAGCAGGCUCCAGAGACACCACGGUCUGAAGUUCAGACCAAUGCCAAUGCCAAAGCCAAUGCCAAUGUCAAUGUCAACACCAAUACUAUUGAUGAUAACGAGGAUAGUGGCAACGGUGAUAAUGGUGACAGCACCUAUACGGAGUCAAGCCAAGCUAUAUCUAGACAAAGACGAGGAUCAACGCCUUUUGGUACCCAAAAGAGAUCGCACUCAGAAGUAGAAACAAGUAGUCAAAAGAGUCAAGGAAGGAAGAAAAAGGUUAAGCAAACGGCUCAGGUGUGUCGUAUCGCAACUACGUGCGUUGCACUUUCAGAAAAAGAAAAGUCUAAUGCACGUGCAUUAGGAGCUCAAUUCGUUGAAUCUAUAGCCUUUGCUACUCAUCUUGUAAGUGAAGAUCGAAUCAUCAGAACACCAAAGUUCCUUUGUGCUAUCAACCUCGGACUUCACAUCAUUCGGCGUGAAUGGAUCAAGGACUCGAUCGAAGGUCAUGAAUGGCAAGAUGAAAAGAAUUAUGCAAUACAUGAUAAAGAAUCAGAAAAGAAACUAGGAUUUAGUCUUGAUGAUAGUUUGAAUAUCGCCAGGGAGCGUAUUUUCUCUGGAGAGAAUGGAUGGUUGGAUGGAUUGACUGUCUAUCUUCCACCUAAGAAUAGAGACUCACUCAAGCAGGUAGUCGAGACCGCAGGUGGGAAAGUGGUUUUGCGUAAACCGCUCGCAAAUGACGACGUGCUGGUCAUAUCAGAGGAUAAAGAUCCUGGACUUAUCAGGUUGGGUUUCCAACUCUAUUCACCUGAUCUGGUGAUACAUGGUACAUUACAACAAAAGCUUUUGAAAGACAAAUAUCUUUUAUGGUAA